CGAGGGCACCACCGUGGGCCAGACGACCGUGGAGACGGAUGCAGAGGGGGACUUGGAGACAGAGACUCUGUCCCCGGCAGUGUCUGGGUGCAUGGUAAACUUCUCGGAUCCAGAGGGAUACAUAGACUCUUCGGAUGACCCCCCCACUUCCAGAUGGAACUUUUCUGCAUUGUACCUACACAGUCACUGUCUACACAGGCUAUGGUGUGGAGCUGCAGGUAAAGAGUGUCAACCUAUCCGAGGGGGAGCAGCUGUCAAUCAGAGGGGUGGAUGAGAGCGGAUUCUUGCUCGUCUUAGCCAAUCAGACGCUGUUAGUUGAAGGUCAAGUGAUCCGCAGUCCCACCAAUACCAUCUCGGUGUACUACCGUUCGUCGCCAGAGGGGGGCAUGGGCAUGUUCCAGCUGCACUAUCAAAUUUUCCGUCUGAGCUGUGCCCUGCCCAGAAGGCCUCACUUUGGGGAAGUGUCCGUGUUGAACCUGCUCCCGGGAGGCACGGCCCGCUUCCACUGCCACAUGGGCUACCACCUUCGAGGGGAGUCGGCCCUCACCUGCCUCAACGCCUCACUUCCUGUGUGGAACGCCAAGGAGCCUAGCUGCAGGGCGCUGUGCGGAGGGUCCGUGAAGAACGUCACGGUGGGGAGGGUCCUGUCGCCCUCCCAUCACCCGGGCCCCAAUGCCACCCAGGACCGCUCCUGUUCCUGGUCUCUGGAGGCUCCCAAAGACCAGAGGCUCCACCUGCACCUGGAGAGGCUGACCCUGGGGCCCACAGACAGGCUUGUGCUGUGGAGCGGUCUGGACGCGGGCUCCGUGGUGCUUUUCGAUUCGGGGCGGGGCGGUCCAAUUCCAUUCGAGGGGGUGAUCAGUGAGGGUCCUGCCGUGAGGGUGCAGUUCAUCACUGACCAGCCCAACCACAGUACAGGCUUCAACAUCCGCUAUGAGGCGUUUGAGCGAGGCCACUGUUAUGAGCCCUACCUCCAGAACGGGAACUUCAGCACCACGGACCCGGCAUACGGCGUGGGCAGCGUGGUCCAGUUCAGCUGUGACGCCGGUCACUCCCUGGAACAGGGGCCGCCCGUCAUCGAGUGCAUCAACGCCCGGGACCCUUACUGGAACGACACGGAACCGCUCUGCAAGGCACUGUGUGGUGGGGACCUGGCGGGCCCCGGGGGAGUGAUCCUGUCCCCUAACUGGCCCGAGUGGUACGGCGAGGGAGAGGACUGCAGCUGGAGGAUCCACGUGGGCGAGGACAAGCGCGUGCUGCUGGACGUGCAACUUUUGAACAUCAGUGACAGUGACAUGCUGACCAUUCUGGACGGCGAUGAGGUCACCACUCGUAUUCUGGGCCAGUAUGUGGGAGGAGCCGGGCCCUUUAAGAUGUCCUCCACGACCCCUGACCUGACCGUGACCUUUCACUCGGACCCCGCCGGCCUGGUCUUUGGCAAGGGGGAAGGCUUCAUCAUCAACUACAUGGAGGUGUCCCGCAACGACUCGUGCCCCGACCUGCCCGAGAUCCAGAACGGCUGGAAGACCACGUCGCACGCCGCCCUGGUGCGCGGGGCCCGCAUCACCUACCAGUGCGACCCCGGCUACGACCUGGUGGGCAGGGAGACGCUGGCGUGCCAGCUGGACCUCUCCUGGAGUACGCAACCCCCGUUCUGCGAGAAAAUAAUGUACUGCUCAGACCCUGGCCACGUGGAGCACUCUACCCGCUCCCUGUCCGACCCCAAACUCCUGGUGGGGACCACCAUUCAGUAUAGCUGCAUUCCCGGCUAUGUCCUGCAGGGCGGCGCCACCCUCACCUGUUACGGCAGGGAGCCGGGUACACCCGUGUGGACCUCCAAGCUGCCCCACUGUGCUUCGGAGGACUCUGUCUCCUGUGAGAAUCCCGGUCUCCCGGACAACGGGUACCAGAUUCUGUCCAAGCGGCUGUACCUGCCCGGCGAGUCGCUCACCUUCGUCUGUUACAAGGGUUACGAGCUCAUCGGCGAGGUCGCCAUCAAAUGCAUCGCGGGAAACCCCUCCUACUGGAGCGGCCCACUGCCUCUCUGCAGCGCCACCCAUGACUGCUUUGGCAACCAUGCUCUGGAAGUUGCGGAGGUGGAGGCGGGCUCACGGCUGGAUGGGGGAAACAUGGCGCUGGCUAUCUUCAUCUUGGUGCUCCUACUGUCCGUGCUGCUGGGUGGGGCCUACGUCUAUGUCACCAGGUGUCGCUAUCACUCCAACCUGAGGUUGCCACUCAUUUACCCCCACCCCUACAGUCAGAUCACUGUGGAGACUGAGUUUGACAAUCCGCUCUACGAGACAGGAGGGCAGGACACUCGGGAAUACGAGGUGUCGAUAUGAGCAGCUCUACCACGUCUACUGGCACCCUCAGACCCAGCCUGUCCCUGAACACGACUCCACUCUCCCCUCCUCUUCAUCUCCUCCUCCAUCCCGCCCGCACCAGGAGGAAGUGAUGUAAAUAGAGACUGACUAAGCCCCGCCCCCUUCGACCGUGACACAGUGACCUUGUCCCGUCCUCUGACCGCCUGGAGAACGCCCGGAACAGCUUCAGGAGGUGAAGAGACUGCGAGGACGCGGAGAUGGAGGAGGAGAGAACGUGGGAGGAAGGAAACGGUUGAAUCGAAACGAGAGAAAGGGAAAGGGGAUGUGAUGAGGUGGUCUAGGAUAUAGCCGCAGAGGAGGGAGAAAGGUCUAGAAAGGACGGGUCAAGGUAAUCAGGCCUGUGGGCUUUGGGAGAAAAAAAAAAGACUUGCGACAGGUUGCGUCAAAUUACCCAUGUUUGUGCCAUGUAGUGAACAAAUACAGAUGAAUAAAGGUUAAAGUGAGAUCAGGAGAGGAGAGGGAUGGAGAUGGGUAGAUAUAAUCAGAUGUAACUUGCACUGGGAGACGACUACUAUCCGAUUGUUGGUAUGAAUGGGCACUCCCAAUGAGAAAUACACAGAUCAAGACACAGAUCUUACGGUCUGUCAAGUUCAAGUGUUUUUCCAGCCAAAAACACAGCCCACGCUCUCCCAAUCCCAAAACAGUAGAAAUAGCAACUAACCUUGGAGAGAAAGCUAUGCCUCAGUGACUUAAUUCGACUCGGCGUACAUCUGAAAUGGAAUGUGAGGAGUCUGGCUCGUCCUGUUUGUGCCCCUCAUUCACCUGCCUGUAGGUUUUGUACUGGCCGUUUGUAGUGUUGGUUUUACUGUAGUUUUAAAGGGUACUCAAAUCAAUGGCUUGGCUUCUGCAACCGUGGCCGCAGCACUUCCUGUUUCCCUGGAUGGAUUAGCGAAUGACGAAUGUAAACAAGGUCGGAACCAAGUUCUGAUUUGACAGGGGGAAAAAGCUGCAGGGCUGCAGACCUUGCUCUCCUGAUUUGAAUAUGUAGCCGUAGUAACUGACCUUUCCAGUGCAAGCGCGACCAACCUACCAUAAAAACAGAGGAGACCAGAUGAUGUAUUUAUUUUAAUGUAUACAGUAUGUGAUGUUUUAUGCAGAUGGAUUAAUGUACAUUUUCAUUUUGAGAAAAUAAAAAAAAUCUGUGUUACUGAUUUCCCUAAAUAAAUGGUAAAAACUAAAAUAAAAAAAAAGUACAAUAGACUUU